AUGGUCUGGGAUGAGAGCCUGAGCAUCCUGGCGCAGCCUCGGGGUCCAAAGAGUUUCCGACGACGUGCAAUGCCAGCAUCUGAAGUGGGGGAAAUGUACCAGUUUCCAAAGAAGUUGAAUGCAGUUUCCACAUCUGCUUACUCAUCACCAGCCAAGAGUUUGGGAGACCCUGGAAUAACUCCACUGUCUCCAUCACAUAUUGUGAAGGACUCUGAUGCAGAUGAUGCUGUAGAACAGUUAUAUCUUGUUGUUGUGGCUAUUGAUUUUGGCACAACAUCCAGUGGCUACGCCUACAGCUUCACCAAGGAGCCAGAAUGUAUUCAUGUAAUGAGACGAUGGGAAGGUGGAGAUCCAGGUGUAUCCAAUCAGAAGACACCAACCACAAUCCUCCUCACACCAGAGAGAAAGUUUCAUAGCUUUGGGUAUGCAGCAAGAGACUUCUACCAUGACUUGGAUCCCACUGAAUCAAAACACUGGUUGUAUUUUGAAAAGUUUAAGAUGAAACUGCAUACCACUGGUAAUCUUACUAUGGAGACAGAUCUGACAGCUGCAAAUGGCAAAAAAGUCAAAGCACUUGAGAUAUUUGCUUAUGCUCUGCAAUUCUUUAAGGAACAGGCAUUAAAGGAGCUCAGUGACCAAGGGGGCUCGGACUUUGAAAACAAUGAAGUGAGAUGGGUCAUUACAGUGCCAGCUAUUUGGAAGCAGCCUGCAAAGCAGUUUAUGAGACAAGCUGCCUACAAGGCAGGAAUGGCAUCUCCUGAAAACCCUGAGCAGCUGAUCAUUGCCCUGGAACCCGAGGCUGCCUCCAUCUACUGCCGAAAGCUCCGUCUGCACCAGAUGAUAGACCUGAGCAGUCGAGCACCUAUCAAUGGUUAUAGCCCAAGUGACACUAUUGGAACUGGAUUUACACAGGCUAAGGAACACAUCCGUCGUAAUCGACAGAGUCGUACCUUUUUGGUGGAAAAUGUCAUAGGAGAGAUCUGGUCUGAACUGGAAGAAGGUGACCGUUACAUCGUUGUUGACAGUGGAGGAGGCACAGUGGAUAUGACUGUCCAUCAGAUCAGGCUCCCUGAAGGACAUUUGAAAGAACUGUACAAGGCAACAGGUGGGCCAUAUGGUUCUCUGGGUGUGGACUAUGAAUUUGAAAAGCUCCUGUGUAAAAUAUUUGGAGAAGAUUUUAUUGAACAAUUCAAAAUCAAGCGUCCUGCUGCCUGGGUAGAUCUGAUGAUAGCGUUUGAGUCCCGUAAACGAGCAGCAGCUCCAGACAGGACCAACCCACUAAACAUCACUCUGCCUUUCUCCUUCAUCGACUAUUACAAGAAGUUUCGAGGUCACAGUGUAGAACAUGCCUUGAGGAAAAGCAAUGUGGACUUUGUGAAGUGGUCCUCCCAGGGAAUGCUGAGGAUGAGCCCAGAUGCAAUGAAUGCUCUUUUCAAGCCUACAAUUGACCAGAUUGUCCAGCACCUUAGUGAUGUGUUUGACAAGCCUGAAGUGACCAACGUCAAGUUCCUGUUCCUCGUGGGUGGCUUUGCUGAAUCCCCCUUACUCCAGCAAGCCGUGCAGAGCGCUUUUGGUUCAAGAUGCCGAGUCAUCAUUCCGCAGGACGUGGGGCUGACAAUCCUCAAGGGAGCUGUUCUCUUUGGCCUCGACCCUGCUGUCAUCAAAGUGCGGCGUUCGCCGCUCACCUACGGCGUGGGUGUGCUGAACCGCUUUGUGGAGGGGAAGCACCCGGCCGAGAAGCUGCUGAUCAAAGACGGCACGCGCUGGUGCACCGAUGUCUUCGACAAGUUUAUCUCGGCCGACCAGUCCGUAGCCCUGGGAGAGACUGUGACACGCAGCUACACACCUGCCAAACCUUCUCAGUUAGUAAUAGUGAUCCACAUCUAUAGCUCAGAACAGGAUAAUGUUAGCUUCAUCACCGAGCCUGGUGUGAAGAAGUGUGGCACCCUUCGCUUGGAUCUCACAGGAACUGAUGCUUCGGUGCCAAACCGGAGGGAGAUCAAAACGCUCAUGCAGUUUGGGGACACUGAAAUCAAAGCCAUGGCCAUUGAUGUUGCCACCUCUAAAAGUGUCAAAGUUGGUAUUGAUUUCUUAAACUACUAA